GGGGGCGCCCACCGCGAGCUCGCGGCGCCCUCUGCCGGCCGCAGGCGGCGACACACCGGCAGCCUCACCGCUGCGCUCCCUCUCGCUGGCUCGGCCUCAGGCUUCAGUUUCUCUAUCGCUAGUGUUUCCCAGAGUGUCUCAGCCUCCUACUCGCGACGCUUCCCUCCGCCUCCAAGCUGGGCGUGUCAGUGUCUCGGAGCGAAGGCUGCUAAUAAAGUUUUUUUCUUGCUCCCAGAAGCCCACCCUCGUCGUAAGCAUCGCGAGAUCUGGUGGCGCGGCUACCAUGGCGGCGGUGUUUGAACCUUCGCAGGCUUCCGAGGCCGCGGAGACCGCUAUGGCGGCAGACCUGGUGGCCGCGCAGGCCUCGGACGUGGAGCCACCCGCCGAGCCCGUGCGGAGCUUGCGGACGGCGCACGACCUCGGCAGCCCCCGGGUCCGCACGGGAGACGUGCUGUUGGCGGAGCCGGCGGACUUCGAGUCGCUGCUGCUGUCCCGGCCGGUGCUGGAGGGGCUGCGGGCAGCGGGCUUCGAGAGGCCUUCGCCGGUGCAGCUCAAGGCCAUCCCGCUGGGGCGUUGUGGUUUCGAUUUAAUUGUGCAAGCUAAAUCAGGCACUGGGAAAACCUGUGUCUUCUCCACCAUCGCUUUGGAUUCUCUUGUUCUUGAAAACUGCAGUACUCAGAUUUUGAUCUUGGCUCCUACAAGAGAAAUUGCUGUCCAGAUACACUCUGUUAUUACAGCCAUUGGAAUAAAAAUGGAAGGCCUAGAGUGUCAUGUGUUUAUCGGAGGAACUCCAUUAUCACAAGACAAAACCAGACUUAAAAAGUGCCAUAUUGCUGUUGGAUCUCCUGGAAGAAUUAAACAACUCAUAGAACUUGACUAUUUGAAUCCAGGCAGUAUACGUCUCUUUAUUCUUGAUGAAGCAGAUAAACUUUUAGAAGAAGGCAGCUUUCAGGAGCAAAUAAAUUGGAUUUAUUCUUCAUUGCCUGCCAGUAAACAGAUGUUGGCAGUGUCAGCUACUUACCCCGAAUUUUUGGCUAAUGCCUUGACAAAGUACAUGAGAGAACCUACUUUUGUUUGAAGCAGUAUUAUAAAGUUGUUAAUUCUUACCCUUUGGCCUAUAAGAUUUUUGAGGAAAAGGCUCAGCAUUUACAGGAACUU